UCUGUUCCAUUGACUUUAAGUACACCUAUUUUAUAUAUUGUUUCAAACUUAGGUUCAAAGUGCUAUUCGAAUGUCGACAGAAACUACUAUGACCAAAAGAUACUCAUGCGUAUAAACAACACUUUCUCUGCUGGUUUGCCUAUUGUUCAUUCGAAUGCAGAGUUUUCAGCUUUAGUAAACUCAAACACUUUAGCAAACAUAAACUUAACCUUAGUUGACGCAAACUUUGUUCCUGUAAAACUUUUAUGUCCUAUGUAUUUGUCAAUGACGGCAGAAAGUUUCGAAUUGGAAGAUGCAACUGGUGAAAGUAUUGUAUUACAAGAACAACUUCAACAACAAAUAGCUCAAGAACAACUUCAACAACAAAUAGCUCAAGAACAACAAAUGCAACAACAAAGUCAAGAACAACAAAUAGCUCAAGAAUAA